AUGGUUAGGGUGCUCUCGAAACAAAAACAUGGAAUUUCUAUUGUCCACAUCAAUGCACAAAGCCUUAACAACAAAAUGGACGAGCUUAGAAACAUAUUUACUUCCUCCAGCAUCGAUAUUGUAUGUGUAUCCGAGACGUGGUUCCACCCAGAACUUAAUGAUUUUGUAUAUAAUCUUUCGGACUACAAUCUAUUUCGAGCUGAUCGAGUAUCCAAUGCAGGCGGCGUGUGUAUAUACAUUCGUAAGGAAUUAAAAUGCAGCGUAAAAAUCAAGUCUGAAACCGAUAGUGAAAUUGAAUAUAUAUUCUUGGAGCUGAUAACAAAAGGAUCUAAAAUUCUUUUGGGAACUUUAUACCGACCCAACCGAAAUAUUCCAUUCAAUAAUCUAUUACGCGUAAUUGAAACACAUUCGGUUUACUACAAUGAUGUUAUCAUCGCUGGAGACUUUAACAGCAAUCUCUUAGUCGAGAAAAAACUUAUGGAGUCUAUGAAUACACUGGGUCUCUACUCAGUAAAUACAUCAACACCAACACAUUUUUCCUCUGCUGGAAACACACUUCUUGAUGCUUUCUUUGUCAACUGCACGUCUAAAAUAUUACUAUACGAUCAACUUUCUGCAUCAACUUUCUCAAAACAUGAUCUGAUUUUCAUUACUUAUGACACCUUUGUUGACAGAGCAAAAUCUCAAACAGUGUACAGAGAUUUUAGCAAAAUUGACUUCCACAGUCUCUGGACAUUAGAAAAUGAAAUUAAUUGGAGCGUGGUCUAUAAUUUAGACUCUGUCGAAGAUCAAAUAGAUUAUAUGGAGUACCAUAUCACAAAUCUUUACAACGCUUGUGUUCCCUUAAAAUCUCGAAUUGUGUGCAACAAUCAACAGCCAUGGUUUAGCCAAGAGAUCAGACGCCUAAUUAACUACAGAGAUGAGCUGUACAAGAGAUGGAAACGUUUUAAAACCCACUUGCUCUACGACCAGUUCAAAAAGGCAAGAAAAAAAGUUUCGGAUUCAAUAAAGACUGCAAAAAACCAAUAUUAUCAGCAAAAAUUCUCUACUGCAGUCGAUAGUGGAUCUAAAUGGAAGAUCAUACGCAACAUCGGAAUAGGACAAAAAAAUAAAGCAGUUGUAUUACAGUUCUCACUGACUUAG